UAAGCACCUUCGAUGUUGGCAUUUCUCCACUCUCUGUUAGCAGCUCGAUUGAGUAUUACUCGUAGACUGUCGGUUGUCCCUGAUGAUCAUAGCUCUGUGCGGAGGCUGAUCGCUGACCUACGAUAAGUUGAAUGUGCUGUAGUAGCCUUAAUCCCGAAGUACUGCCUUGUGUUCAGCUCGCCGAUCAACUUCAAAACUCUCACUUAGAUUGUUCGAUUCUUCAACGUAGGAUACGUCAUUUAUCGUAGACAGAUCUAAACUCUAAAAUCUGCACAGAAGCCUUGCACGAUUUACUAGCGCGCGCCAUUACUCAGCUGGUACUCGAGGUCCAGUUUCCGAAGUCUUGACAUUUCUAGAAGUAGCACAAUUCGUCUUGAUUGCAAAGCUCAGCUAGAUUUGAUCAUACCCACUGUAGUUCGCAAUCAACACUGUGGAAAACUCGUGCGUUGAGGUCCAGCUCAAUACUUCGGAUUUCAGAAAACAAAGAAGAUAUUAUACCGAAGUCGAGAUUCAACUGAACAGACGUUCUGUGUCCUCCGAAAAAAAUUCGAGGACAAACGUUCAAUUAUGUCAGGUCAUCAAAGAGGUUCCAGUUCUUCCCAGCGACAGUACCGCGGGGUGCGCAUGAGGCGCUGGGGAAAAUGGGUCUCCGAGAUCAGAGAACCUCAGAAUAAGAAGAGAAUCUGGCUGGGGUCCUAUCGAUCCGCAGAGGAGGCCGCGCACGCUUACGACGCUGCGUUGCUGUGCCUGCGUGGGCCUGCGGCCAAUCUGAACUUCCCCAACUACAGGCCCCCGCUCCCGCCUGGAACUCCCGGCAACUACAGCACACGGGAGAUCCAAGCUGCAGCAGCAGGUGCAGCAGCCGCUUCGGUUGGCCGUCGAUUCUCAUACAGCGAAUUCAUGUCACCUGCCUCAUCGUCAGACAGCAGUGACGAAGAGCUCGAGGACAUUACUUACAGCCACGGUUCGUAUGGAACGUCGUCCCAGUCUUCCCACGGCGACAAUUGGAGAGCAUUCGAAGAUGACCCGUAUCUAGUUUCGGACAUGGCCCGAGGAAUGCUCAUCCAGCCGCCUUCCUACUCCGACGACGACGACAGUGAUGAUGACGAUGACUCUUACAAUGGCCCCUCCUUGUGGAAUUAAUUACAUUCUUAGCCAUCCCAUUAACUCCUUUAAGCCAGUUGUGACCUUCCUUUUCCAGCUUUCUCAAACUUCCACCUCUCUUACUUCCCACACCUUGAGUUCGAAUUUUCGAUAAAACAAUGAUCCGCAUGUCAUGCUGGUGAUUAAGGAUUCCAGAGAGUAGUUAGAAAGGAUUUUACUUUAUGGUUGAAAUCCUUGAAAUGAAGCAUCGUCUGUAAUAUACUGAACCUAGUUCGCUCGCUUCAGAGCUCCACAGAUUAUGGGUUUCUUUUUAUGAGAUUUUUCGAACUUACAUGAAGAGUUGAAACUUUUGUUUUUUUGAAGGCUCCGAACGUGUGCUCAAGGAUUAUGAGGAGCAUGGUGGUCAUGAGGAAUACCACAUCAUCUUAAUGUACACUAUACAUCAUACUAAGAUGAAUUCACUUUUUUUCUU